AUGGAAUUGCAUUCAUCUUCUUCUUCACCGGAGAGGUGUAGCGUGAAAGUGGCGGUUAACGUUCGACCAUUGAUCGGAGACGAGAUAAGUCAGGGUUGCAGGGAAUGCGUUUCCGUUUCUCCGGUAACGCCACAGUUACAAGGAAUCGGAGGAGCGGAAGAGAAGGAUCCGGCGACGGAAAAACGAAAGAAGAAGAAGAACAUUUACAAAGGAAUACAUGGUUCAACCAAUGGCCUGAUUCCUCAAGUUAUGACUGCUCUCUUCCACAAAAUUGAGUCUGUUAAGCACCAAAUGGAGUUCCAGUUACAUGUCUCUUUCAUCGAGAUUCUCAAAGAAGAAGUUCUAGAUUUGCUGGAUAGUGUGAGACUAGCCAAUGGGACCCCUGGGAAGGUUGGUCUUAGUAAGUCACCUGUACAGAUUCGCGAAUCACCAAGCGGAGCAAUAACACUCUCUGGCGCAACUGAAGAUUCUCUUGGUGGAAAUAGUAAAACAGUCAUGAUAGCUUGCAUCAGUCCUGCUGAUAUCAAUGCCGAAGAAACUCUGAACACGCUCAAAUAUGCAAACCGUGCUAGGAAUAUCCAGAAUAAGCCUGUUGCCAAUAAAGAUUUAAUAUGUAGUGAGAUGCAAAAGAUGCGUCAACAGCUACAAAAUCUACAAGCUGCACUGUGUACUCGUGGGGAAACCCCAUCAAAGGAAGUGCAGGUUAUGAGAGAGAAGAUUAUGAAGCUAGAGUCUGCCAACGAGGAGCUUUCUCGAGAGCUUCACAACUAUCGCAGCAAGAUAGCUACUCUUGACUAUUGCAAUAUUAAUACUCAGGACGAUGGUGUGAAUUUUACAAAAGAUGAUGGUCUCAAAAGGGGAUUCGAAAGUAUGGAUUCAGAUUAUGAAAUGAGUGAAGCAACAUCAGGUGGAAUCUCUGAAGAUAUAGAUGGAGCAGCAAAAGAGUGGGAACAUGCACUUAGGCAGAAUAACAUGGGCAACGAAUUAAGUGAACUGAGCAAACGUCUGGAGGAGAAAGAGUCAGAGAUGAAAGUAUAUGGGGUUGGAACCGAAACUAUCAGACAACACUUUGAGAAGAAAAUGAUGGAACUUGAGAAAGAGAAAAGAACUGUACAGGUUGAGAGAGAUCUACUGUUGGAUGAAGUUGAGAAACUCUCUGCUAGUUCUGAUAGACAAGCACAAGUUGCAAGAGACAGCCACGCAAAAAAACUAAAAGCACUCGAGACACAGAUUUCAAAUCUUAAAAAGAAACAAGAAAACCAAGUUGAGGCCUUGAAACAAAAGCAAAAAAGUGAGGAUGCAGCAAAGCGUUUACAAGCUGAAAUACAAUACAUUAAGGCUCAGAAGGUUCAACUACAACAUAAGAUGAAACAAGAAGCUGAACAGUUCCGACAAUGGAAAGCUUCUCAAGAAAAGGAAUUGUUGCAGCUCAAGAAAGAAGGAAGGAAGACAGAGCAUGAAAGACUCAAACUCGAAGCCCUCAAUCGACGUCAGAAAAUGGUUCUUCAUAGAAAAACAGAGGAAGCAGCAAUGGCUACCAAAAGACUAAAGGAGCUGCUGGAAUCUCGCAAGUCUUCAGUUUCUACCAAUGGUCAACCACCAACUAAACAGGUGAAAGGAAAAACUCUUCAGAAAUGGCUUGAUAACGAGCUAGAGGUUAUGACAAAAGUACAUCAAGUUCGUUCCCAAUAUGAAAAGCAAAUCCAAGUACGAGCUGCAUUGGCUGAAGAGCUAACCUCCUUAAAAAGAGAAAUGGACUUUGCUUCAAGUCCUCAUCAAGACAAAAAUGGACAGUUCAGAUUUUUAUCACCAAAAACAAGGUUGGAGAGAAUAGCUUCUCUUGAGAGCAUGUUGGAUGUUUCCUCAAAUGCUCUCACAGCCAUGGCCUCUCAGCUCUCAGAAGCAGAGGAAAGAGAGCAUAACCUACACACUAAGACUCGGUGGAACUCCAUCAAGUCCAUGUCUGAUGCCAAGUGUUUGCUUCAAUAUGUGUUUAAUUCCACUGCCGAAGCAAGGUGCAAAAUCUGGGAGAAAGACAUGGACAUCAAAGAGAAAAAGGAACAACUAAAUGAUCUCCUCUGCUUAUUACAAUUAUCUGAAGUCCAGAACCGAGAGAUACUUAAAGAGAAAAAGACAAGGGAGCAUACAUUGUCCAUUGCAUUGGCUUCAUCAUCAUCAUCCUCGGUAACUUCAAGAAGCUCAUCAAAGCACAAUGGAGAUAACAACGCUAGCAACCAAUCGUCUCCACCUUCAUAUCAUCGAGCAGCAAAGCAUCUCAAAUACGCUGCGCCAGGGACAGUCAAUGUGUCUGUGAGAGAAUCAGCGGCUUUGUUAGAAGAGAAGAGAAAGUUGAAAGCGAUGAAGAAAAUGGGACAGAGUGGGAAGCUGUGGAAGUGGAAGAGAAGUCAUCAUCAGUGGUUGCUUCAGUUUAAAUGGAAAUGGCAGAAACCAUGGAAACUCUCUGAGUGGAUUAAGCAUAACGAUGAGACCACUAUGCUCUUCAUGUCGUCUAAGAGCCAUGGUGAUGGUGAUAAUUACUCGUGGAGCAGCCGACACUGAGUUUUGCAAUGUGCUUAAAGAGUUAAAGAUGUACUUGGGGUUGACUCGUGAUUCAUCUGUAUAUACACACACGCGAGCCUGUUCUUUCUAUUUUUUGGGUUGAUAGAUUUAGAGUUGGUCGUUUGGGUUGUAGCAGUCCAAGGACAUUGUUUUUUAUACUUUCAAAUAUUCUUCUAAUCUCUUCUUUCUCUUUCAAACAACUCAUAAAAGCAUAAUUGAUGGACUAUUACUAUUGAUGAAGAUGAAAUCUAAAAAUUAA